AUGGCGGACAACUCACCAGAAGAUGGUUAUACAUCGUCUGAUUCUGAACAAGAAAACCCAGAUACCGGAAACAACGACGCAGACCUGACCCUUCACCAAGGGACCAACGAUCAGCAUAGAGAAGGCACCUCUGGGCUUAAGAACCCAAAGCUGGAAUCCUCCCUUAAAAGUCGGAACUCUCACGGCGACCGAGAAGAGUCGCCCCUGGGAGGAGAGGACCCGUUCAGUGAGGACAUAAUGAGGGCGAAAGUUCCAAGAAACUUCCAAAGCCCUGAUAUGAACCUCUAUGACAGAACCACAGACCCGAAGCACCACUUAAGCAAUUUCAAAAGUCGGAUGUAUCUGGCUGAUGCUUCUGAUGCAACUCGCUGCAAAGCUCUCCCGACCACCCUGUUGAAAGCAGCGAUGAAGUGGUUCGAUAGCCUCCCUCCAAGGUCGGUUACCAGCUUUGAGGACCUCUCGAGAAAAUUCCUAAUACGGUUCUCCAUCCAGAAGGAUAAAGUAAAACACGCACCGAGCCUCCUAGGAGUUAAGCAGGAGGUCGAGGAACCUCUAUGUGACUACAUGGAAAGGUUCAACAAAGCGUGUCUAGAAAUUCAAGACCUGCCCACAGAGGCAGUUAUCAUGGGGUUAGUAAAUGGACUUAGAGAGGGCCCCUUCGCUCAGUCCAUAUCAAAAAGGCACCCCACCUCUUUGAGUGAUGUACAAGAGAGAGCAGAAAAGUACGUCAACAUGGAGGAACAUGCCAAAGUACGGGAGCCCAACUGGCGACAGGGGCCCCCUCACUCAGCAAAAGAGAAAGAAAGGGAGCCCAAGAAAAAAGAGGAGGUCGGCCCCAACAGGCCGAGGAGAUAUCACUCCUAUACUCCUCUAAAAGUCUCCCUAGUGGACGUAUACAGAGAAAUCUGUAACACUGAAAGGUUGCCGCCUCCUAGACCCAUCAAGAACAAAAAGGGAGGAAGUCACGGCGACUACUGUGAGUACCAUAAGAUGUAUGGUCACUCAACAAAUGAUUGCUAUGACCUUAAAAAUGUGAUAGAAAGGUUGGCCAGGGAAGGCCGACUUGAUAAAUAUCUCAUGGAAAGGUCAGAAAAUUCUGGAAAAAGAAAGCGAGAUCAUGAAGACAGGAGAGACCCACCACCACAAACCCCGAGAGAAACAUAA